UGGGCUGCACUGCUAGGCUGGGGCUUUGCAAACUCAGGCAAAGGUUCCCAGCAGUUGGAAGCGGCUUGUGGCAGCAGGACUCUGCAGACUCACUCGUAGACUCACAUACGGAGUAUCCUGUGUUGUGUCCUGCCCUGCAAUCUGGAGGCAGGAAAGAUGUGGACCUAAGGCCCAGCCCAGCCUGGGAAGGCUAGGCUCCAGGGAUGAAUCUGCCAGUAGGCUGAGCCCCAGGAACCUGCUGGAGGACAUGGCGUCUUGGCUCUGGAAAAGGCUUCGUGGCAGGAAGCGGCCAGUGGUGGCCUUCUGCCUCUUGAUGAUCCUGUCUGCAGUGGCUGUCACUCACUUUCCUCCGAAACAUCCAGCUUCCACCCCAGGACAGAGGCUCACGGAGCCGCGAAGGGGAACUGGAGUGUCUGACCUCAGGAUUCAGCAGACGUUGAACUCCAGCCUGAGGCGGCCAGCAAGGAACCUGGGCCUCUGGACUGGACAGGCUUUUCCCAGAAAUUCCAUCUUGGUCUGUGCCAAGAAGCAAAGCCACAGAAGGCACGUGGACAGAAGCAGACACCCGCUGAGUGUCUGGAGAGAUGUUGCUGUGGCAGGAGAUCCGACUCUCAGGGCCCAGCAUCAUGAGCUUCUAAUAGAAGAGGCGGUAGGAGAUGCAGGAGGCACAGCUCUGGACCAUCUCGGGCAUGAUGGUUUAGUCCAGCAGUCACAGAGCAAGACAGUCACCACGGCUAUCCCACGCACAGAGAGAAGUCACACAUCUUUCCAGGCACUGAGAGAUACUGCUGCAGCGAGCUUUAGGCCUCAGCCAGCAGGGGGUGGGAAUCCUCUGCCGAGAGCCAAGGGCAGAGUCUUGACUGGUGGGAAGGCUGGGGGUGCCACCUCAGGGUCAGGGGCCCCAUGGUGGCCUGGCUCUGCUGAGGACCUGCACAAGUCCCCAUGGUGUGGUUCCGAGACCCCUGGACUGGGCAGCACUGCAGUGCGGGGAGAGGCUCCACCAUGGUUCACGGAACAUGAUGUCCAGACUCUCUGGCUACUGACCCACGGGGAGGUGGUAGGCAAAGCCAGGGUCCCUGCCCAUGGGCAGGUGCUGCAGGUUGGACUAUCUGCUGGGGAUGCCCUCCAGGACAUAUCUCCUCUCAGGCUCAGCCAGCUCUGCUCCCAGGGUCUCUGUGGCCUGAUUAAGAGGCCCAGGGACCUGCAUGAAGUCCUGUCCUUCCACGUGGACCGUGUGCUGGGACUCCAGCGGAGCCUGCCUGCCGUAGCCCGCAGCUUCCACAGUCCCCUUCUGCCCUACCGUUACACAGAUGGCAGUGUGAGGCCCAUCAUCUGGUGGGCACCGGAUGUGCAGCACCUAAGAGACCCAGAUGAGGACCAGAACUCUCUGGCUUUGGGCUGGCUGCAGUACCAGGCCCUGCUGGCUGGAGGCUGCAGCUGGCCAGGCCAGAUCCCAUGCCCGGGAAUUCACCAUGCUGAGUGGGCACGUUUGGCUCUCUUUGACUUUCUGCUUCAGGUCCACGACCGUCUGGAUCGCUACUGCUGUGGCUUUGAGCCUGAGCCCUCAGAGCCCUGUGUGGAAGAGGGGCUCCGGGAGAAAUGUCGGAAUCCAGAGGAGCUGCGGCUGGUCCACAUCCUGGUCCGGAGCAGUAAUCCAUCUCACCUGGUGUACAUAGACAAUGCUGCCAACCUUCAGCAUCCAGAGGACAAGCUUAACUUCCGGCUGCUGGAAGGCAUAGAUGGGUUUCCUGAGUCCGCUGUGAAGGUUCUUGCAUCAGGAUGUCUUCAGAACCUGCUGUUAGAGUCGCUGCAGAUGGACCCAGUGUUCUGGGAGAGCCAAGGUGGAGCUGCAGGUCUGACACAUGUCCUUGAGACACUGCAGCGACGAGGGCAGGUCCUGCUGAGACACAUGCAGAAGCACAACCUCACGCUGUUCAGGGACAAGGACCUGUGAGCCCAUGGCUGCCUGGGCCAGCACACCUUGCUGGAGAACUUCAGCUGGUGAGCGUUGCUCUAAGGGACAGCAUUUCCUUGACAACGGUUGGUCAUCCUGAUGACAAAUGGGGAAAGCCAAAGCUGAAGGAGCCUACGUCCCCAGGCACAGGUCACCUGCCGGGGAUGGUGGAGGCCUUCAGUCUACAUGCUCAGCUCUGGCAGUUUACUCCCACGCACCAAUAAAUAUGUUCAAGAAUGUUCAUGAACAUAUACUGCACAUGUGUAUGUGGUGCUCUGUGCAGAGAUGUGUAGGUAUGUGCCAGAAUGACGUCAUGCAUCCUAGGCAAGAACUUUACCAACUGAACUUUAUACCAACCAGAGAAGUCUGGUUCUUAAGAUUCAUUUUUUUUAUUUCAAAUUUUAUUUUUAUGUACAUGGGUGUUUUCCCUGCCUAUACAUAUGUACACCAUGUGUGCACCUAGUGUCUGUGGGAGCCAGGGGAAUGUGUCAAACCCUAGGGUCCUGAGUUACAGACAAUUGUGAGCUGCCAUGUAUGUGGGUGCUAAGAAUUGAACCUGGAUCCUCUGAAAGAGCAGGCAGUGCUCUUAACCACUGAGCCAUCUCUCCAGGCACUAAUUUUAUUUUUAUGUUUAUGUCUGUGAGUAUAUACCACAUGUGUGAAGGUGAUUGUGGAGGCCAGAAGAGGACAUCAGAUUCCUUGGAACUGGACUUACAGGUGGAUGUGUGCCACCUCAUACAGGUGCUGACAGCUGACCUCUAUGGAGACCCUUCUGAGAGCACAGAUGCCCUCCACCAUUGAGCCGCCCCUCCAGCAGGGAGAAACGAUUUAUAAAACCCAAAUCCCCUUCGUUGCCAUAGGCGUUAUCUUCAUUCCCAUGCCAGCCACUGUGUGUGUCUGGGGCCGACUGUUCUGUUUGCCCCUUCCUUGGUUGUGCACCAGAGAGCUUUGAGUCUGACCUGCACUCAGCCCUGGCUGUUAGACUUGCCCGAGAUUCCCCUCUGUCCGACAUUUGUGACUUGGCCUGUUUGUCUUUUGUGAAAUAGGAAGCUGUAGUUCUGUGUAGUCCAAUUUGUUCGUUUUAGCCUGAGAGCAAGCCUCUCGGGUUCGCGCCUUCUUAGAAGGGCUCUGCUCCUUCCGAUCACUGAAAUGUCACUGGUUUACUACGUUUGCUUCAUGGCUCGUUUGUACGGAUCACGUUGUAUGGAUCACGUUGUACGGAUCACGUUGGAGAGAGGUCUGUGUUGGGAGAUCACUUAAGUUUCACUGCCUCGGAUUCCAUUCAGGAGUCUAUUUUGUUCCCAUCUGAAAGUGUCCUCUUAUCAGAUAAAAACCAAGCACACAGAGGCCCCUUUGUGAACUGUGCUGGGCUGUACUCACAGGAUUUCUUACAUCCCUGCUUCAAAGCUGGGCACUGUUCUAAUCCAGGUUACUAUAUUCUGCUUGGUGGUGAAGUAUCCACUUAAACAUCUCUUGUGUACAUGAGUGUUUUGUCUGCAUGUAUAUUUGUGUACCACAUGCACACAGUGCCUGCAGAAGGAGUCACUGAGGCCUCUGCACCUGGAACUAUAAUGGUUGUGAGCUGCUUUGUGAGUGCCGGGAAUGAAGUUUGGUUCUCCAGACCUGCCGAGUUCUCUCUUUAAGCUCUCUGGGUAAAUAUUUAAACGCCUCUUAGUAAUCUUCCAGUAGAAAACAAACUUUUCAGUUUUAUGUUUUAAUUUCUCCUCAUUUAUACUGUUUUAGGACUUUGGUUGAGUCUUGUUUUGUCUUUUGAGAUUAAGAAAAAGGCUCAGCUGUAUGCACAUCUUGCUCCUGGCUUUCAUGAGAGCACACUGCCAGGCACUCUCCAGGUCAAACGUGGGUGUUAUGGCUAGCCCCCAUGGGUGCCCUCCUCGCCACUGCCCAUUCACCUGGCAUAUCACAUGACCUCUACCCAGCAUUCCCCCUUCAUAGUCCUGACACCACCCUACCAACCGUGUCAUCUCCUUUGACAAUCAAAAUUAAAAGUAUUGCCUGCCAA